GAGGAGGAGCCGCCGCCGCCGCCGCUUGCGGGGAAGGGGGACACAAGCACAAAUCCAUAUGGAGGAUGAACCUCCUCCUUCUCAAGGAGCCGGUGUCAAGGCUGAUAGUUCGAGCUGUUUUUCAUAUUUUUGGGACAAAAUAUAAUGGAGAAGCAUAGGAGGGAAGAAGAUCUUAAAAGGUCUGGGAGGCAACAUUAUUGUCAGCCCUGAAGAUGCUGGAUGUUGGGAAAUGGCCAAUUUUUUCUCUCUGUUCCCAAGAAGAGCUCAAGUUAAUUCGUCAAGCCUGUGUAUUUGGCAGUGCUGGCAAUGAAGUGUUGUAUGCAACUGAAAAUGAUGAGGUUUUUGUGCUUGGCAUGAACUGCAGUGGAUGUUUGGGAACAGGUGACAUGCAGAGCACUAUUGAACCGAGGAGGUUAGAUUCUCUAUGUGGCAAAAAGAUAGCCUGUCUGAGUUAUGGAAGUGGUCCUCAUGUUGUUCUUGCUACAGAAGAAGGAGAAGUCUAUACAUGGGGUCAUAAUGCUUAUAGUCAGUUGGGCAAUGGUACAACAAAUCAUGGUUUCGUUCCCUGUCAAGUAUCUACUAAUUUGGUGAACAAGAAAGUCAUUGAAGUUGCCUGCGGCUCUCAUCAUUCUAUGGUGUUAACAUCUGAUGGAGAGGUAUACACAUGGGGUUAUAAUAACUCAGGACAAGUUGGAUCUGGUUCAACAGCUAAUCAACCAAUUCCUCGAAGAGUUACCAGCUGCCUACAAAACAAAAUAGUAGUUAAUAUAGCUUGUGGGCAGAUGUGCUCUAUGGCUGUGGUGGAAAAUGGAGAGGUCUAUGUCUGGGGCUACAAUGGGAAUGGGCAGCUGGGACUGGGCAGCAGUGGGAAUCAGCCGACUCCGUGCCGAAUCGCAGCUCUGCAAGGCAUUCGCGUCCAGCGGGUUGCCUGUGGCUACGCACAUACGUUAGUGCUAACAGAUGAAGGUCAGAUUUAUGCCUGGGGAGCCAAUUCAUAUGGCCAGUUAGGUACUGGGAAUAAAAGCAACCAGUCUUACCCUACAACAGUUACUGUGGAUAAGGACAGAGUUAUAGAGAUUGCAGCCUGCCACUCCGCUCACACGUCGGCUGCCAAGACCCAGAGCGGGCAGGUCUACAUGUGGGGCCAGUGCCGUGGGCAGUCGGUGAUCCUUCCCCACCUCACACACUUUGCCUGCACUGACGAUGUCUUUGCUUGCUUUGCCACCCCCGCCGUUACGUGGCGUCUUCUAUCAGUAGAGCCUGAUGACCAUCUAACAGUAGCCCAGUCACUAAAGAAGGAAUUUGACAACCCCGAUACCGCAGACCUGAAGUUUCUAGUGGAUGGAAAAUACAUUCAUGUUCAUAAAGUUCUUCUCAAAAUUAGGUGUGAACAUUUUCGUUCCAUACUGAAUAAUGAUGAUGACGUUAUAGAAAUGAGUGAAUUUUCUUAUCCUGUUUACCGAGCCUUCCUGGAAUACCUGUAUACAGACAACAUCAGGCUCCCUCCUGAAGAUGCAAUAGGUCUCCUAGAUUUGGCAACGCUGUAUAGAGAAAACAGAUUGAAAAAGCUUUGUCAGCAAACGAUCAAACAAGGCAUUUGCGAAGAGAAUGCCAUUGCUCUUCUCUCCGCCGCUGUCAAAUAUGAAGCUCAGGACUUGGAAGAAUUUUGCUUCAGAUUUUGCAUAAACCAUUUAACUGUUGUUACACAAACUCAAGGCUUUGCAGAAAUGGACCACGACCUCCUGAAAAGCUUCAUUAGCAAAGCAAGCAGAGUGGGAGCAUUCCGAAACUGAGGCCUGGCUACCACCAAGCUGAAGAGCACGUCCUCUUCCCCCCUGAAAAUAUUUCGGCUUUGGAGAACUUACCCGUGGUCAGAAUGUGCAAAGGUUUGGAAAGAAAGACUCGGUGUCCAUCGGCUUAGGAACUGUGUAGAAGUCCAUUAACAUACAGGUUUUGUAAAGAUGGCUACAGGGUAGAUGUCUGGUGAGAGUUCAUUGCCAACGGGCAGAAUUUAACGACAAAAAAUCUAAUGCAGUAACUACCCUUUCCCACUUAAAGUCAAGCAAACUAAGCUAUCAUUAUCUUGUCUGUCUGAGUUCUUGUCUUUUUUUUUUUAACAACCUGCAUGUGGGUUUUAUGGGACAGUGACCUGUUUGCUGCUAAAACUUUCAUAGUUUAUUGUUAUCACCAAACCCAGUUAACAUGCUGCAGUGGGGCUGCUUCUCUGUGCCUGGUUUAUCAUCCGGUGAAGAUACAAACCUGUUUCUCAGAAUAUAUGAUAAAGUAAUGAAUUCUUUAGGAUGAGAGGCUUUCUGAUUGGUAGAAGGAUAUGUCUGUCUUGGUGUUUAUUUGGAGUGUAAAUACGUAAGCCCUGAAGAGCUGGAUAUUACAGUUGUGAGUUCCUGGCACUUAGGUCCAUUUUUCUAGACAGAAUGAAAGAAAGCUUCCUUUCACCAGGCACAUUCCUUGGCACCCCAACGGGCCAGGAAACACUCACGGGAUUUCUCUGGAUGUGAGUUAUUGUGCUGUGUGUUUUGGUACUCAGAAAACCAUCUGGUUGCUUGUUACCAAGAAAAAGACACCCAAACAAGAUUUCAAGGAAAGGGAAGUUCCACUUGAGGAACUUGAGGUUUGUUUGUUCCUGUCUUACUAUCUAUCCCCAGAUAAACCAUCUUAAUUAAAAUGGAGAAAAAAAGAGAGUUUUGAAGUGAUAAAAAUGGGUCUUACCAUUGAAUCAUAAGAAUGAAACUUAUAUUAUUUUCCACGUGGCAAUAAGGAUGCCUUGUCCAAAUACCUUGUUUCAGGUUCUCCUUCAGUCAGUGCUGCGAGGUGACUGUGCCACUUACCUGGCACGCCUGGUUUAGGUGACAGGAGUCACCCUCUGGACGUGCCCCUCUCUCAUCACUGACCAUGGGGGGAGACAGGAUGGCUAAGGUAGAGCAGAUGCUUCAUUUCUAACCAACUAAAGUGAGUUAAGAUGAAACCCCACCCAGUGUGGCACUGAGGGAGGUUUGCCCCAUUACAGAUGAUGCUGAGCCCAUGAAGCAUUUACUUGACUUUUUUAUAAUAGGCAACUGUGAAUUAAUCCUGAGAAAAUGAUUUCUCUUAAAAUUUUGACUGGAUGAAGUGGCUUUAAGUGCCUUUUAGAGUACUUUACUUUACAAAUGGAGAAGGCAAGACGCUGGAUGACCAGGCUCGGUACACUAAUAUAAUUAGUCACGCGGCCUUCCUUCAGAUCCUUGCUGUGUCACAAAAGCCUUUGAUGGCUUUCUCUAAUCCUCAAAUGUGGUUUCUAAGAACCUAAUUCCCUUGAAUGAUGGCAGCCUCAUUUUGAAAGUAGAAGUAACUGUUCUUUAGUGCAUUGGAGGAUCAUUUCCCAAACAAUCCUGUUCCUUGAGGAGGAAGAGGAAAAGGAGAAGCUCAUCCUCAGAGAAGAAGAUGAGAAGCAGUGAGUAGUACCUCUCUUCACAUCAGUCCCUGUGGGUGUGAGUGGAAGGGGGGAGCAUGGAGACAGCAGUAUUUACUUAGGAAGAGGGCCAUUAAACAAGUUAUUUUGGAAAGUGCUGUGGUUAAAAAUUAUAUGUGUUGGAGGCCUUUGCCUCAGACUCUCACUAGAACAAUAUUGGAUCAUCCACUGCUAACAAGUGUGUUCUGCCACCCCCUCAGUGAUUAGAACAACUUCCUCCAGCAGCCUAAGUCCAUACUUCAGCAGCUGUGUCAGUAUUUUGUGUUCGAACAGAACUGGUCAAAAAAAAACUUUCCAGUACAUAAUGCAGUUUCAUCAAAACCACAACUUCCCUGGGGGACGAGAUCAGUUUUGAUACGUUUACGUUGAAAAGCACUUGACUGGGGCACAGGGAUAUUAAUGCAGAUAGUCACACGUAUCACCACGGUAGGGCACAACUCUUUUGCAAACCUUGCACGGUACAGCCCAGCACUGAUCACGCUGAAGCACAGACACAAGGCAAUUCUACAGCAGCCAGGGCUGGGGAAUUCCAGAUGUUUGGGUUAAGCCAGCGAUGGGCCUGUUGGAGCAGGUCCAGAGGAGGGCCACGAAGAUGAUCUGAGGGCUGGCGCACCUCUCUUACGAAGAAAGGCUGAGGGAGUUGUGGGUGUUGAACCUGGAGAAGAGAAGGCUCUGGGGAGACCUUAUAGCAGCCUUCCAGUACCUAAAGGGGGCUUCAUAUAUUCAUAUCUCUGCAGUUCAGCAGCUGCUGCAGUCAAAAUGGCACGCUUGCUUAGCCAGGCACUUUUGGUUUAACAUAACCAAUAGUGUCCUUUUUUUUCUUUUUUUUUUUUCCCAAUUUAUUUCCUUCCUGCUCAUAAUUUCCAACCUGCUGUGCGCAUUAAAGCCCAGUCACAAUUUCGGAGUAAUUGGCAAAGCCUGUAAUUUUGAGAAAAAAAGCAUCUCUGGAGUGAAUGAGGGCGAUUCUAAAGAUCCAAUGCGUCAGUGGUGGCUUUUCUUCAUGUAAUAAGCCUCGUCUGACCUGGACGUGAUAGUAUGACAUUCAUAGAGACAUUUAUUUAUUUAAUUUUAUUUUUUUUUUUACUUCCAUCGCAUGCACUUUCCUUGGCACUUAAAGGUCAAUGUUUAAAAAAACAUACUGACAUAGGUGGUUAAAUGUGGAUGCGUGUAUAGAAAUACGUGCUUGAAACACAAUCGUGGGACAUUUUAGAAGAAAUUAGGGAUGCAACAAGCUUAGAUUUGUGGAUCUUGCAUGUUAAAUACUUCAUUGAGUAUUUAAGUAUGUAAGUAUCGUUCUGUUUAAGGACACCACAGACAAAAAGGUGUUUGUUAAAAAGUGAAAAUAAGGUCAUGCGUAAACUGUAUCUGGGGUUUAAAUAAAGAGGGAUGUUCCAAAGUUGCACAAAGGGAACCAGGUAAAUAACUUUCUGAAUCAAGUGGAAUUUGAAAGCAAAAGAAAUGACAGAGAUUAGGGUCUAUUUAAAGUAUCUAAGUUACUGAAGCUAAGAGACAACAAUGCAUUGUCAUCUAAUAUUCACCUCUAGAUUUUUGUUACAAUGCCUGAUAACUAUGUAAACCGCUGGUUUUAUAGGAUCUGAACAACUUCAAUGGGCUUUCCUUGUAAAACAAAGCGUUUAUUUACCCCACAGAGACAGGGCUCAUUGGCUGCCACCUAACGAUGUAGAAAGUUUACAGCCUGAACCUAAAAUUAUGGUUUGAUUUUCUUGUUUCUUUAUAAACUUGCCUGGUUAUAAUAGACCAUUAAUAAAAAUGCCAUGAUAUUUGAAAAA